AUGGAGGUGAAGCGGCUGAAAGUGACCGAGCUGCGGUCGGAGUUGCAGCGGCGGGGCCUGGACUCGCGCGGCCUCAAAGUGGACCUGGCGCAGCGGCUACAGGAGGCGCUGGACGCCGAGAUGCUGGAGGACGAGGCAGGCGGGGCGGCGGGGCGGCCGGGGGCGGUGGCGGCCGCCGUGGCCGUGCGGAGCCCGGGCGGGGACGAGGCGGACGAGGACGCCGACGCUGACGCCGCAGACGCGGACGAGGACGAGGACGAAAACGAGGCCGCGGACGAGGACGAGGCCGCGGAGGGGGAGGAGGGGGAGGAAGAGAGGGAGGAGGGCGAGCGGGGGGCGGGGGCGGCCGAGGAGGACGCGGCGGCGGCGCUGCUGCUGCUGGAGGACGAGGACGAGGCCGCGGAGCCGCCCCCCGCCGCCUCCCAGCUCCGGCCCCGGCUGCCCGCAGCCACCCCGCAACCACCAGCUCCGGCCAUGGCGGCUCCUGCUCCGCAGUCCCCCGAGCCAUCGGCGCCUCCGCAGCCUAGCCAAGGCCAGAGCCAGGGUAUUGUGGAGGCGGAGCCCGAGGCCGAAGCGGCCCUGGCCCCAGACGACCAGAGCGACCAGGCACCCACAACCAAGGCCGGCGACGACGACGAGCCGGGAGAUGAGGAAGAUAGUGAGAAGUCAAAACCCACCGGUUCUGAUGGAGAGCGUCGUGGGGUAAAAAGACAGCGAGACGAGAAGGAAGAACAUGGCAGGGCUUACUAUGAGUUCCGAGAGGAGGCAUAUCACAGUCGCUCAAAGUCUCCACCGCCCCCUGAAGAAGAGGCCAAAGAUGAAGAAGAAGAUCCGACACUCGUGAGCCUAGACACAUAUACCUCGGAUCUACAUUUCCAAGUGAGCAAGGACCGUUAUGGGGGCCAGCCGCUUUUCUCAGAGAAAUUUCCCACCCUUUGGUCCGGAGCGAGGAGCACAUACGGCGUGACGAAGGGCAAAGUCUGUUUCGAGGCCAAGGUAACCCAGAAUCUGCCCUUGAAGGAAGGCUGCACGGAAGUUUCCCUUCUUCGAGUUGGAUGGUCUGUCGACUUCUCCCGCCCUCAGCUUGGUGAAGAUGAAUUUUCUUACGGCUUCGAUGGCCGGGGGCUAAAGGCAGAAAAUGGGCAGUUUGAGGAGUAUGGCCAGGCCUUUGGGGAAAAUGAUGUCAUUGGCUGCUUUGCUAAUUUUAAAAGUGAGGAGGUGGAACUCUCUUUCUCUAAAAAUGGAGAUGAUCUGGGUAUAGCUUUCCGAGUUAGCAAGGAGUCUUUGAACGAGCGGGCCCUCCUGCCUCACGUCCUCUGCAAAAACUGUGUGGUAGAACUCAACUUUGGCCAAAAGGAGGAGCCCUUCUUCCCCUCUGCUGAGGAGUUUGUGUUCAUCCAUGCCAUCCCUGUGGAGGAUCGGGUUCGAACUGCACUGCCCCCUAAGACUAUGGAGGAGUGUGAGGUGUUACUGAUGGUGGGACUACCUGGGUCUGGAAAGACCCAGUGGGCAUUGAAACAUGCCCAAGAUAAUCCUGAGAAAAGAUACAAUGUCCUGGGAGCUGAGACUGUGCUCAAUCAAAUGAGGAUGAAGGGGCCUGAGGAACCCGAGAUGGAUCCCAAGAGUAGAGACCUCUUAGUCCAGCAAGCCUCCCAGUGCCUUAGCAAGCUGGUCCAGGUAGCUUCAAGGACCAAAAGGAACAUCAUCCUUGACCAGUGUAACGUCUAUAACUCUGGCCAGCGGCGAAAGCUGCUCCUGUUUAAGACCUUUUCUCGAAAAGUGGUGGUAAUUGUCCCUAAUGAAGAAGACUGGAAGAAGAGGCUGGAACUGAGAAAAGAGGUGGAGGGAGAUGAUGUGCCUGAGACAGUCAUGCUGGAGAUGAAAGCCAAUUUCUCUCUGCCUGAAAAAUGUGACUAUAUGGAGGAGGUGACCUUUGGGGAGCUGGAGAAGGAGGAGGCCCAGCCUCUGGUCACCAAGUACAAGGAGGAGGCCAGGAGGCUGCUGCCCCCUUCGGAAAAGCGCACAAACCGCCGCAACAACCGCAACAAGCGAAACCGGCAGAGCCGGAGCCGUGGCCAAGGAUACGUCGGCGGGCAGCGCCGAGGCUACGACAACCGGGCCUAUGGGCAGCAGUACUGGGGGCAGUCUGGAAGCAGAGGGGGUUACCGUAACUUCUACGAUCGAUAUCGGGGAGACUAUGACCGAUUCUAUGGCCGAGACUAUGAUUACAAUAGAUACAGGGAUUACUAUCGGCAGUACAACCGGGAGUGGCAGAGCUACUACUACCAGGACCGAGACCGCUACUACAGGAACUACUAUGGCUACCAAGGGUACCGGUGAAGGCCUGGCCACUGAUGCCCACUGGCCACAAGGAGUGGAACCUUGGCCCCCGAGACACAACCAAUGACAAAUGGGCAGGGGGGAGGGCGGGAGGGGUGCUGAGGAAGGGGGAGAAGCAAACCAAGAAAAACUGUACAUUUUUUUUUUAAAAAAAGUUUGUUGAAAAGAAUAUUGUCUUAUUCUAUAAAACAUUUCAAACCUAGUUAGACAUUUGUAAUCCAAAACCUUUGCUCAUGACACAGUGCUAGGGGGUGCCUGUCCUGUCCUUAUAAUGAGUGGGACUGGACAAGCCCUGACCGACUUCUGACAUCCUGACGCAGCUGGGCUGGCGACUAGGCAGGGGAAAGGCCCUUGGGGCUAGGGCCACAAUGAAAAUAAACGAUUGGCUCUUCUCAGUCAUUUGCACCACUAACCGCUUGUAUCUUCUUUACCGGCCUUUCCCUCUUGGGAUGUCUGGUUUGGUCCGGUGGGCUAGAGGCCAGCGUGUCCUCAUCUCCCAGUCUUGUGCUGUAGUUGUUGGCCAAGGUCUAGAAACUGUUGAUUCAGCGACUGUUGUGUGGGAACCCUAGGGUCAUUGAGGCAAGGUCGGCUUGGAUUUAGGGCAGAAUGGCUUGGUUCUUUGUUAAGGAAUUUUCCUGAAAGCUUGAUGGUCAGCCGUGCUAGGAUAGGGUGGAGAACAGGGCAUGCCAGUGCCCAUCUCUGUCUUCCAAGCUUCUGUCAGGGGUGCCCUCAGAAGCCCCUCUGGGCAGUGUCUGCCUUCUGGAGUGGUGGAAGAGGGAGACAUUUCCCAGGGUUCCACAAACAUGCAGCAGGAUUCUCAGUUGAGUCUAGUGGUGAAUCUUGUGUGAGUGACUGACUCCUGGAGUUGAGUAGUAGUUCUGUGCUGUGUGGAGAGGGCCAUUCUCCCCUGUUGUGAUGCCCAGUGGACCUAAGAAAAGGGCUCAGCUGGGAUAAGUAAAGGGAAUGAGCGUGGGAGAGAGACCUUCCAGUGACUUGCUGUGAGAUUUCAGUGGGGCUAGAUGUAGUUUGGAUUGACCCAUUUUCUAUUGGUUCUUUACAAAAUGGAAUGAGGCUAUUGAAGACUGGUCUAGGAGAGGUUAGGAGUAUAGGACAGGACUGAUGAUUCUGGAUUUGGGUUUCCUGUCCUCCCUGCUCAGCAUCCCUCUGCCACUGCCUGGGCUGGCCUAAGGGCAGCUGGCUUCACUGCCGUUCCCUGCCUGAGCACAGCACUGGGUGAGAUUGUUUUAGGGGUAUCCUCCCAGCCCCUCUUGUUGCACUAAGACUGCCGGCACGGAGCCCAGUCUCCACACCGUGUCCCCUAAACUGGAUCGGCCAGGAGCUGAUGGGAGAAGCAUGGUGCUUUUAGUUCAGGCUAGGCAUCUGGGCCCUGGUGUUGCCCAGUGACAGAGGCUGAAGUUACUAUCAAGAGGACCAGGGCUAGCGUCGAACACAGCCUUUGGGAAGGCUAACCCAGCUGAGGGUUAGAAUUUGCUGCUCCCCACCUUGCAUUUCCUUAGUGCUGCUGUGCUUUGUGAAAUGUCUGGUGCUCUCCUACACUCUAGGAUGGGCUGUGGACUGCGGGCUGGUGUGGCUGGAGGAAGGCCAUUCAGAGAGAAGUGGGAAAGAGCAAAACUGUACCACCCUGGUCAAUUCGAGCCAAGGGACCCUUUGUCAAAGCAGUAAACGUGUCUGGUUUUAAAAAUCACUUUAAGGGGAACAAAAACCAUGGAGAAUGGUUAAAGAAGGCAUCUCUGGCUUGUUCUUCAUAGAACACUUGUUUUGUGUUUUUUUCUGAAUGUCUGUCUUAGUUGCUGUAGAUGGAAAAGCUUGUGAGAAAAAAAAAAACAAAGCCUGUGAAUAUUUUUACAAAAUCUGUAAAAUGUUAUUGGACAUGGCCAGUAAAAGGAAAAAAUGUCAAUUGUGUCAUUGUUUACAGCUGUAACUCCCUCCCAGUCUUUACAAUGUCUUGGCGAAAAUGUUGGCAACAAUAGCGUCCAGUUUUAGAAUAAAUAACUGUUUGGAAUGAA